GGUCAAGUUUAGUCAAAAAAAAUUGAGAUCGGAUAAAAAAGAUAAGAUAAACUAAACAAAGUCAAAUGACCCUAAUCAAGCGAGAUAAGGUGAACUAAACAUAGCCAAAUAACCCUAAUCCAAUGCCGACGAAAAUAAGAUAAAGCCCAUAUGGCCAUAUCACAUUAGAGGCCAACGUUAUUUACAGAUUCAUUAUCUCAGCCCAAAAUUCCAAACCAUUUUGUUAACUCUCUCACUCUCCUCACUACUUCGAGAAGCGGCACUAUAUCGGUAUAUCUUAUUCUUUUCUGUAACUUCAACUUUCAUACUACCUAGAAUUAGCAGCAGUAGCACUUCUUCGUUCAUCAUCAAAUGUUCAAUUAACCCAAAAAAGCAGUAAAAUCCCCAAAUUCAAGCUCCAUUAAUGGCGUCAACACCUUCUCCUUCCUCCACACUUUCUCUCUCUUCGACACAACUCCCUUUUCAACCCCAGAACCACCCUCUUCGUCGGGGGUUGCUUUUUCCGACGAAAAUUGGUGGCCGAAGACGAUGUUUAAAGUUGAAAUUCUCCGCCGUUAGAGCCGCCGCCGGAAGCGGUGGUUCUUCUCGUAGUCGUAGAGUAGUUUACAGGGAAUCUCAGGCACAAAAUCCGACAUCCAUUGGCCAAUUUAAGGAGUUUGCUUCGGCAAUUGUUCCUCCUGCCAUUUUCAUUGCUGUUUCCUUCGUUUUGUGGAAGGUGGUUGGUAAAUUCCUUUUGCCAAAGCCCCAUAAGGCUUCAACAACAGAAAAUAAACCUGCGUCAUCGGAUAUGAAGUGGUCAUUUGCUGCUGGGACAAACUUGUUAAAAAAUAUGAGCCAGAAGAUUGAGAGAGAUUCGAAGUUAAAGCUCGACGACUUUGCCAAAGAACUUCGGUCAUUCAAUGUAGUUGAUAUGUCAGGCCGUAAUUUUGGGGAUGAAGGUCUAUUUUUUCUUGCUGAAAGCUUGGCAUACAAUCAGGUUGCUGAAGAAGUAGAUUUUUCUGCUAACGGAAUCACAUCAGCUGGAGUGAAAGCCUUUGAUGGCAUUCUCCAGUCAAAUAUCUUCUUGAAAACUUUAAAUCUCUCUGGAAAUACUAUUGGAGAUGAAGGAGCCAAGUGCUUGUGUGAGGUAUUGGCAAAUAAUAGUGGUAUUGAGAAGCUGCAAUUGAAUAGUACUGGCUUGGAAGAUGAGGGUGCCAAAGCUAUCGCAGAAAUGCUGAAGAAAAAUACAACUUUGCGUAUUAUUGAGCUUAACAACAACAUGAUCGACUAUUCUGGUUUUGCAAGUAUUGCUGGGGCGCUACUUGAGAACAACACCAUCCAAAGCUUACACCUUACUGGCAACUACGGUGGGGCUUUGGGAGUUGCUGCUCUAGCUAAAGGUAUAGAGGCGAACAAGUCCUUAAGGGACCUUCACCUGCAUGGAAAUUCUAUGGGAAAUGAAGGAGUUCGUGCUUUGAUGUCAGGCUUGUCAACACGUAAAGGAAAAUUGAUACAGCUGGAUAUUAGCAACAAUGAAAUUGGUCCUAGAGGUGCUUUUCACAUAGCAGAAUAUGUGAAGAUCUCCAAGAGCUUGUUGUGGCUGAAUGUUUACAUGAACGACAUUGGGGAUGAGGGGGCAGAAAAAAUUGCUGAUGCACUUAAGCAGAAUCGAUCAAUCACUACCAUCGACUUGGGAGGAAAUAACAUUCAUGCUAAAGGAAUCAGUUGCAUUGCUGAGGUCUUGAAGGAUAAUGAUGUCAUUACUACAUUGGAAAUCGGCUAUAAUCCAAUUGGACCUGAUGGAGCAAAAGCUUUAGCCGACGUUCUCAAAUUUCAUGGGAAAAUUAAAACACUAAAACUUGGCUGGUGUCAGAUUGGACGAAAAGGUGCAGAAUUCAUUAGUGAUAUGAUAAAGUAUAACACCACCAUAUCAACUCUUGACUUGCGAGCAAAUGGAUUGAUGGAUGAAGGUGUGGUUUGUUUAGCACAAAGCUUGAAAGUGGUGAAUGAGGCCCUGACUUCACUGGAUCUGGGAUUUAAUGAAAUAAGAGAUUCUGGGGCAUAUGCAAUUGCACAAGCGCUGAAGGCUAAUGAAGAUGUUGCCUUGACGUCAAUAAAUCUUACCAGCAACUUUAUUACAAAACUUGGACAGAGUGCUCUUACUGAUGCAAGUGAUCACGUAUUAGAAAUGAAUGGACAGGAAGUCGCCAUAUUCUUCUAGGUUUCUUGUUGCGUAGAGUAAUAGUUUUUGGUUGUCAGCAUACCUAUAGCAAUUUAGUUCCUGCUCACAUUUGUAGAUUCUUUACAUUUUAGAUUUAUCCCCUUCAUUGACUGGGGAUGGAAAUUUUGAUGUUGAGGCGAAGUUAACAUUUAUAGAUACUGUAGCUAACAUUAUGAUUAAAUAGAAGUGGCAAACAAGUUCUACUCUGUUCAGAUCAUAAACGGAAUACAUGUAACAAAUCAUUUGGUCCAUUUCCAACUUAAUUCAGUUUUAUUCAAGUCGAUUCAUGUUCGAGUCUAUUUUCAA